UCACAAAAGCAACAACUACAAUACAAUGUUGGAACGUUAAGUUUGCCGUCCAGUGAGACUUGCUCUCAUAGCACUGAAUACUGAGAAUCGCAUAGAAACAGACUGAAGGCAUCUGUUAGUCGUGUCGGGAUGUAUCUCUUGCUGCUGUUGGUGGUGGCAAUGCUAGAAAUAUGUCUCCAAGACUUGAGAACUCAAAUUUGUCCGAAAGACAAUAACGAUCGAAAAUACGUUCGUAUCAGAACCUACAACAACAAAUACCUUUGGGCUUACGGCACGGAAAAUGGCGACAACAGUUACGUACGAACUCGCUGUUGUGGCGGAAAGGACGCGGUUGGUCGAACUGACGUCAUGAUUCCAGGAUUACGAACAACAUUCCGAGUACACUGUGGCAAGAUUGGCAACCAAGACACUGUAAGGUUUGAAGUGCUCACGGAUAAAAGAACUGGUGUUAUUCGUCCAUCUGGGUACUACUUUUACGCAGACACACGUUGGAAGAAACUGUUUUCAAAACAAAAUCCAAGUUCUUCCGACAGCGAUGCUAACUUCAUCCUCACUCGCUGGCGUGGACCUGUAAUUGCUAUCAAAUCUGCCCGUAAUAGAUACUGGUGGACCUUUGCUGAAGAUGGUCAUGGAUCUAUUUUGAUAAAGUCUCAUACUGUUCAACGAUACCCUCGAUUCCCRCCACUUUAUGAUGCUUUCACUUUGGAGAUGGUGCCAAGGGAAUGCAUUGAAGUUCCAAAAUCAGAACGAAUCUUGGCUGCUGUGAGUGCAACGAAUGUGGAAGAAUGCGAGAAAAGGCCGGACCGAUGUUUCUUUUCAGACGGUUGGGAUACAACCAGGCACGUUGUACUUCCUGGAACCUGCUUCUACAAGAAAGAUUCCAUGUGUUAUCAACCAAACGUGGCUUCUCGAAGAAGCUGUCCACAGCAAGGCUCAAAAGACUGCGAAGCAGCGAACUGUUGCUAUGACUACCAACGAAACACGUGCUACCAGGGCAACUGAAGCGAUCUGAUGCCUUCAUUAAAAGCUAUUCAUGAAGAUUGGUUAACAAGGAACUGACCGACUGAUUACUCCAUACUUCUAUACCUUUCUGCGGCUUGUAUUCUACACGAAGCCCUUACAAUGAUUUUUACUUAACCCGUGCAACAAAAAUUAUUGUAAUCAAAAGAGACACAAAUAAAAACAGUGGUAAAAAGUUGACUAACCUAUAUUAGUCUAUUAYAUAUCAUUACGUAUAGUAUAAUGAGACACUGAUUAAACUAUACUUAAGGCAAAAA